ACAAAUGGUUGUCGAAAAUUUAACAUAACACCUUGUGAGCACUAGGCGUUCGGGUGGCUACCAGAACCAUGAAGUUCUUUGUGUUGUGUUUUAUCGCUGUGCUUCUGCAUACAGGAUUAACUCUGGUGUGUUUUUCUUGUCAACAAAGCUACCGAACGCGGACCGCCUGCAGCACGACUCUUCCAAACGACAUGGUCGAGGAGUGUUCAGAAACGAACGCAAUGUGUGUCCAAGCGGUUGAGUGGUUUCAAAAUGGGAGUCUCCAACUAGUUCGGAGAGCCUGCUGGAGUGGCGAUUUUUGCAAGAACUACACCAAACAAGGUCAGCUCAAGCAGUGUAAGACUUGUACGACCGACAGGUGUAAUAACCAAGUUCUCUACGACCCUAUAACACCCCCGCAGUGCAGCUAACAAUCCAAAAAAUAACACUAUAGGGUCCGUGUAGCGUACAACUAAUCGGCCUUUCCAUUGUAUGCAAAAAUAAAAACAAUACUAUAGUUUCCGUCAGAUUAGAA